AUGUUUUUCGAUGAGCUGGAUUCAAUAGCCAAAGCUCGUGGAGGCAGUUCGGGCGAUGCAGGCGGUGCUGGAGACCAAGUGUUGAAUCAGAUUCUGACGGAGAUGGACGGGAUGAAUGCAAAGAAGAACGUGUUUGUGAUUGGUGCUACGAACCGACCUGACCAGAUCGAUCCGGCGCUCCUCCGACCGGGACGAUUGGACCAGCUGAUCUAUAUCCCCCUACCGGAUGAGACCUCUUGA